AUGGCCUCUAAAAAUGAGUUGCUGAAAAGCAUUUAUGCUGUACUUAAUAUUUUACAUUGUUCAUGGGAUAUUGAAAUGAAAUAUGUGCAAAUGUUGUUUCUGAAAACAUUAUUGAUUUUUUUGCAAAUUCAUUUGGAUAAUAUUGAAUCCAUCAAAGUUUGUUGGCAGCUUUACAUCGAAGUUUUUCCCGACGAAAAGACCAGUGCUGAUAAAUUUAUUGCCAGUCUGGUGAAAGAAAGUAUGGAACUGCUCGAAUCGAGUAACACAAAUAAUUAUUAUCUUGCAGCAACUAGAACAUAUUUGGCUACAAUUUUACAACUUUUUUGUAUGCAAGACAGUAGAGUUGAUUGGAUAAAAGUUAAACAUUUAUACCAUCUUUCGUCUGACAUUGCUAAGGAAAUGAGAGAAAACGGACAUAUGAUAUUAGCCGGUCAAGUCUACAAGGAAUUAUUGAGUGUGGCCAUAUCAACGGCUGAUGGAAUUGAAGAUGACACGUUCAUUGCUGGUGUGGGCACGAACGAAGCUGUAACCUGGUAUGCAGCAAUUAAAGACACUAAAAAUCAUUUUCAGCUACUACUAAAAUUCGGCUCGAUCGAACGACUUCAUCGACAUAUCGAAGUACUAUUUCAAAUGACAGUUCGAUGUUGCGAUUUAUGUGGAUUUGCAGAAUACAUGAACUAUCUAUGUAAUGAAAAACGGCAUAAUAUAGUUAUCAAUGAAGAAAAUACGUUAUUAAAAAAUGAGAUGUUUAAAUUAUAUAAAAAUAAAAUUCAUGAACUUCAAAAUUCAUACGGAAAGUACGAUUUAUUAACAGUUGAUGUUCACGUACAACAUAUGAUAAAAAAGUAUGCAAAAGUGACAUUAGUUACAAUGCCCUAUAUUUGCUAUAUAUUUGCACAAUGUUUUAUAGCAAAGGGAGACACUGAAAAUGCACAAAUAAUGGAAAAAGAAAUGAAUAGUUUGCUUGAAACAAUGAUGAGCGAUCUUGUUGUACAAAAUACAGUCGAAUUGGCUGAAUAUUUACAUAAUGAUAUAGAAAAUGUCUUUUAG